UUUGCCAUGUUUACAAACAAACAUUAACUGCGUUCACAAGAGGAAAGGAAGAUGGUGCCUAUUAUGGCUCAGAGUAAUGUUCAAGAGCUAGAUCGCCUCAUUGAACCAUUGUACACAGCUUUAAAUUCAGUUAAAGUUCUCCGUUCUAGCGUUGGCCAAGUGUUUGACACCUUAGGAAAUGGACUCAGAGGUGACCAUGGAGAAGAAGGGAAGGACAAUAAAUUUCUACUUGAACUUCAAGAAUUGCUUAGUACAGUGAAUGUUAAUUUCCGAGAAGUUGAGCAGGCCGUGAACAGCCUAACACCACCACCAGGACCCUUUAGCCUUGGUAACACUACGUUUCUCAGUCAGGAAAGCACUCAGGAAAGGCAGGCCUUGUACCCACAGCUGGUGAACAGCUAUAAAUGGACAGAUAAGGUGCACGAAUACAGCAAUCUUGCUUUUGCACUUCUGAGCCAGAACCAGCUAAAACGAUCAUACGUGAUUGCAAGCAGUGGGAAGAGACGACGUAAUGUACAGAGCAGUCAUAAUGUUCUUCCACAGGCAGUAGACACGCUGAUAGCUGGUAUUGACAGACAAUUUGCUGAUAUGAACUUGACUGUUUCAAGACCAUUUGGUUCCAAUGCCGUUAUGCAGGUUACCUUAGGGAGAAUAAUGAAAGCUCUGGUGGCUUUCAAAGGUCUAAUGAUUGAAUGGGUUGUUGUUAAAGGGUAUACAGAAACAUUGGAUUUGUGGACAGAGUCCCGAUACAAAGUAUUCCAAAAAGUGACUGAAAAUGCCCAUGCUGCUAUGCUUCAUUUCCAUUCACCUAAUUUGCUUGAAAUUUCAGUCCGCUCUUUCAUGACUUGGUUUCAUAGCUACAGCACACUGUUCAGUGAUCCGUGCAAGCGAUGUGGAAACCAUCUGCAUAAUGCCUUGCCUCCAACAUGGAGAGAUCUCAGGGCCUUAGAACCCUAUCAUGAAGAAUGUAAACCUUAGCAGGAGAUGGAUGAUUCUGAGCUUUUCGAUUGAACUGACUGCCAGAUUUUGUAGCAAUGUUGGAAAGCUCAUGCAACUGUCUGUGAUUCCAGACAGUAUUAAUAUUUGUUAUAAGUGUGUUAUACAGCUGGACUCUUACUAGGUGUGGAGAGGUGGUGAGGAGGUGUUGUCUGUACAGCCUGAGUUGGUAUUUUCUUCUCCUGUACUCGAUCAAGUAUAUAAAUUUUCAUAUACUAA